AUGGCGGAAACAACUGUACCCUCUCUUCUGCACAAAUUGGCCUCCAGGCUAAACCGAGACCCUGGGGCGCCCGUCGAAAAGCCGACUGAGUCAUUUUGGCAAGACCCUCGUCUUUCUUUUGCUGAUGAACAGUCGGAAAGCCUACCCCAGGAAUCCGAUGUCGUUAUCAUCGGCUCUGGGAUUGCUGGCAUAAGCGUGGCUCAGCAUCUGCUCCGGCUGCAGCCCUCGCAGAAAAUUACCAUCCUCGAGGCCAGGUCAGCGAUAUCGGGAGCAACGGGUCGCAAUGGUGGGCAUAUCAAAGCCGUUCCAUGGGCCGACUACUACACUCUCAACCAAACACUGGGCAAGGAAAGCGCAAUGAAGAUCACGAAAUUCCGCCUUGCCCACUUGGAUGCUUUUGUCAAUGAGGCUGCCGCACUAGGUGAAGCCGGCAAGGUCGGCUUGGUGCGACGUGUGGAAGGAGUAAGUGCUGUUUUCGACAAGGAAAGUUGGGAGUCGGCCAAGGUCAAGUUAGAGGCAUGGCUUGAAGACUUUCCGGAACAUCGCGAGAAAUGGAGUGUGCAUGAGGGGGAGGAAGAACUGAAGAAAUUCGGCAUUGUCAAUGCCUAUGGAUGCAUCAAGGGCCCUUCAGGAGCAGCAUGGCCAUAUCGCUUUCUUGGUUGCGUACUGUCAAAGCUGCUUGCGAGCGGCCAGGUCAGUCUCGAAACGCACACGAUCGCAGACGAGGUACGCCGGAGCCAAUCCCAGAUUCGCCCUUACGAAGUGCACACAUCGCGGGGAACGAUAUCAGCAAAACACGUUAUCCAUUGCACAAAUGCGUACGCCGCACAUUUGCUGCCCUUUUUGAAGGGCAAACUCUGGCCCCUGAGAGGGCAGAUGACGGUUCAGUCGGUCCCUGCAGAGUUCCCACGGCUUGGUGCUUCGAGGUCGUGGAGCACAAUGUGGGCGAGAGGUUUCGACUACAUCACGCAAUCUCCUGGCGAGGAUGGUUCACUGUACCUCGGUGGAGGGUUUUUCCAAGGCGGCCCGGAGAAGGAUGAGGACUUGGGAAACGCCGACGAUAGUCAGCUGAGCGCGCAAUGCCUAGAGCAUCUGGAGACAGUCCCGCCCAGAGCGUUCGCUCACGGAACGGGCGCAAAGAUUGACAAGAAAUGGACUGGGAUUAUGGGAUUCACCGGCGAUGGGUUGCCCCUGGUUGAUCGUGUUCGAGAAUUCAUGUCUGGUCGGGCCGAGUGCGAUCAGGGAAUUGGUGGCGAAUGGAUUGCUGCAGGAUGGGAUGGUUACGGCAUGGUUCAUUGCUGGCUCGCCGGAAAGGCUCUCGCACACAUUGUGAUGGGACGCGAACGCGAGGUUAGUAAAUGGUUCCCGAGGGACGAGUUCGGAUGCACCAGGGAGAGACUCGACAAGAUGAGUCCAGAAGGGGCUCUCAAACGGUUCCUUGGGCUGCUGGAGACAUAG